GUGACUGUGUUGUUCGCCGACAUCAAGGGCUUCACGAGCCUGUGUCACCAAAUACCCCCCACAAGGGUCAUGCACUUCCUCAACCACCUGUACUCCAGGCUAGACACACUGCUGGAUGUGUACGGCGUGUAUAAAGUGGAGACCAUCGGCGACUGUUACAUGGUGGCGGGGGGCCUUAUGACCCGGGAUUCGGAUGGCUUCAUGGCCGUACGGGGUCCGGACAGCGUGGACGAGCUACAUGCGGCCAAGGCUUCCCGGGUGUUGCUGCCCACCACGCGGCGCCCCGUUGAGAUGAGGAUCGGUCUCCACUCGGGCGCCGUCAUGAGCGGCAUUGUGGGGGCCAAGAUGCCGCGGUUCUGUCUGUUCGGGGACACCGUGAAUACUGCUAGCCGCAUGGAGAGCACGUGCACCCCGGGGGCCAUACACGUCAGCGCGGCCACCCGGGCGCUACUACCCGAGGAGGAGUGGGAGCCCACGGGGGGGGUGCAGGUAGGGGGGUGGUGUGUGUAUGUAUGUAUGCGAUAG